CAAGUUGUUAAAAUAUCACAAAUUUUUUCAGGAUUCGAAAAUGGUUAAUGCUACAUUUUUUCCUUAUUAAUUUCGGCUGAACAAAAAUUAUUACGUUAUGACUUUGUUAAAUUUCCAAAUAAAUGAUAAAGAUAAGGGUGACGAGAAUGGUGCGAUUAGGGCAAGAAAGAAAAUGUUGAAACAAGUUUUCAAACGUUUGCAGGCCGAUCUCUUGGCCUGUGAUGCCCAAUGGACGCUCUUUGUGGCGGCAGCCCAUAGUCAUCUCCAUGAAAGUUUAUUAUUGCCCUUUCCUGAGGAUUUUGUAAAUAAUUCUCAGCAACUAACGAUUGACUUAAUAUGUGAGACAAUCGCAGAAGUACCGCGUUUGGAAUAUGUGCUGCAACAACUAAAGCUGGGCCUAUGGAGAUGUUUUUCCCCGCAGGUUGUGAAAUUAUUGCACACAGUUCUGGUGUUACAUAGGGAGUUUAUGGCCUUUAGCACUCUGAGACCAUGCGAAUUUUCAGAGUUAUAUGAACAUUUGCAAAUGCCGGCACCCAAAAACUCACCUACUCGAAUCUACGAGGUUAUGGCCAGUGGCAAGGUCUAUGCAGAGUUGAGGGCGAUUCAUACGUAUCCUGUACGAUUGGGUUUCUAUGGUGGAAAGUUAGAUAACUUGUACGCCAUUCUAACAGCUGGCACUUUGCCCAAUCAGGAUGAACCUGUAAUGCUUACAACCGAUAUUGAUGAGGCCCUGGCCAUGAGUCCAGCCGAAGCUGGUUGGGGUGGUUCGAGAUGUGGAUCUGUUUUGCGUUCUGUAGCCGUUGUGGAAUUCAUUAAUAUGCCCACGCAUGUGACUGUGGUUGAGGAUAAUCGUCAUGUUCUGAUCACAAAUUCAAGUUGUAUGCAAAUAUCCUAUUUAUUAAUCUAUGGUCAGAGUUGUGAUGCCUACGAGCAAUCGAUGGAGCAGCCCUGCAAACGUCUACUCAGAUGGGUAGAUGCUAAUCGAUAUGUCCUUUCAAUGGGUCUGUAUGUAUUGGGUUUGUCGAUUGUCUCACAAACUGGACGUGGAUAUAUUCGUAGUGUUGGGAAAACUGGAUUUCUAUUUUUUAAGAAAUGUUUACUCGAAAUUUAAAGCGAUAAUUAUUGAUUAAACAGCGUCAUUACUUUUAUUAGACAAAAAGUCUUGAUGUUGUUUAGCAAAUAAGUUUGCAAUUGAAUUAAAAAAGAAUUUGAAUUCA